AUGAGCAAAACAAGUAAAAAUUCGGAUGAAACUAAUGGAACUACUCUUGCAAAGUUAAGAAGACUGAAGAUACAAGAAAAUGUAUUGGCUUCCUCAAUUAAUAAAUCACUAUCCUCGUUGGGAUUGGACGAAGAGAAUUUCACAAACAUCGACGAAGUUAAAAGAGAUGUUUUAGGGUUGGAAGAAAAGUUAAGAACGUUUAAAUCAUUUUUACGAAGUGAACUAAAUUCAUUGAAAAUUAGUGCGAAAGAAAUUCAACAGCAGUUGUUGAUCAAUCAAAAAGAAAAAAAAGUUUUAAAAAACACAGUAACCAAAACUUCUGCAAAGAAAUUUAAUGAAAUCGUACCGAGUCCUGUCAGAAUUCUUAGAAAUUCUCCAUUCAAGUGUCCGGAAGUACAGAGAUUUCAAGAAUUCGUAACGAGUAGCAAGCGUUACAACGGUUGGAACGAAUACAAUUAUAAUAUUUUCAUACAAAUAUGGAAUAAAUAUUUUCACUCUGGAAAUGGCGAAGAUGUAACAAAUAUUGACGAUGGAACUGAAAAUACUGAACAGUUUCAUCAAUUCAAGAACGAAGUCAUGGCAAAGAUUUCAGGAAUAUCUUAUGUUGAUAUAAAGUCGCAUUAUAAAUGGUAUUCACAAUACGUUUAUUUAAAAAAUAAACAGCAAGAAGCUUUAGAAAAAUGGAAAGAGAAUAAACAGAAAUUAAGGAAACCAGGACAUGAGGUGACUUUAAAAAUGUAG